AUGGUUCGCCGCAACUCCCUCGCCGUUGCCAUCGCGACCAUGCUGGGUGCUCCUCACCUUGCCGAGUCUCACACCUGGGUUGAGCAGCUCAACCGAGUUGCCGCCAACGGCACCCUCAUCGGCCCUGCUGGCUUCUCUGCCGGAUGGCCUGGACGCAUUGGUCCUGCCUUCAACGACGCUACGUUUACUAACCGUAUCCCAAAUGAUGGCUUCGCCAUGUGCAAGCAGACCCUCGGCAACCAGUUCGAGGGAUUCCCUGCCCUCACUGCUGCUCCCGGCGAUUUCGUCUCUCUUCGCUACCAGGAGAACGGUCAUGUCUCUCUUCCUGGCGCCCCGGAGAACAAGCCUCUGAACCGUGGCACCAUCUUCAUCUAUGGUACCACCCAGCCUAAGCCCGACGACACCCUCUUCGAUGUCCACCGCGAGUGGACCACUGAUGGCAAGGGUGGCGACGGCCGUGGCCGCCUCCUGGCUACUCGCAACUUCGACGAUGGCCAGUGCUACCAGAUCAACGAUAAGUCCAUCUCUCAGGAGCGCCAGGCCAAGUUCCCCCACGAGGCCGCUCAACCCAUGGGCCGUGAUCUCUGGUGUCAGUCGGCCGUCCAGCUCCCUGAGGACCUGGCUCAAGACUCGGACUACACCCUCUACUGGGUCUGGUCUUGGCCCACCCUCGUCCCGGCCGCCGCUGCUGCCUCUCAGAGUGGCCAGUUCGCCGACUUCCCCGCCGGCUUCACCGAAGACAAGCGCGCUGUCACCUCUGAGGAUGUCAUCAUCCCCGAGAUCUACACCAGCUGCUCCUCCGUCAAGGUCAAGGGCGAGAAGCUGGUUAGUGGCGCCAAGGCUGCCUCGGCCUCCAACAGAGUCACCGACAAGCUCGCUGCCUUCUCUUUCCUCGAGAACCCCGACUACAACUACAAUGCCAUCAAGGACCAGCUUGCCAACCAGUUCCAGGUCAGCGUCGACGGUCAGGAUGCCCCCAUCAACUCCAACCCCAACAACGGCACUCAGAGCAGCGCUGCGGCCACCACUGCCUCUGCCACUCCCACCGCCCCCGCUGCCGGAGUUGCUGGUGGCACUGACAACGUUCGUGUAGUCACUGUCACUGCCGAUCCUGUCACCCUCUACUCGAUGGUCACCGUCACCCAAACUCCUCAGUCGGCUCCCACUCCCACCCAGAACCCUGCCGGUGGUGAUGGUGCUGCUCAGGCCAGUGUCGGAUCCUCCCCUAAGGGUCGUCACAUCCGUGGCAGAGACUCUUGGAGCUUCGGCCAGCGCGACUAA